AUGAAAAUACACACUCUCAGACAUCACACUCAUGAAAAACCCUAUCAAUGUAAUAAAUGUAGUAAAGGUUUUGUAACACGGAAUGAGUUGAGAGCACAUAGCGACACACAUAAUGUAGAAAAGAAAUACAACUGCACAACUUGCAACAGGUUGUUCAGGGCCAAAGGAAACUUAUAUCAACACCAGAGGAGACAUAGAAAUAAAAGAAGAGUUUUCAUUUGUGACCACUGCGAUUUUGAGUUUACUUACAAGGCUAACUUGGCAAAACAUAUUUCUCGGAUGCACACCUCCAACUCAGGUUUUUGCAAAACUUGUUCAAUGAAUGUUAGUCAAUUUGAAGAACACAUGAAGAAGCAUAGAGGAGAUAGACCGUUUGACUGUGAAUCAUGUCCAAAAACUUUUUUAGAUAAAAGAGGUUUGCAUUACCAUAUUAAUUUAAAGCAUACUAAAACUGACCACUAUAAAUGUGAAAAGGAUAGUUGCAGUUUAGCCUUUCCAUCAAUGCGGAUGCUAAAUUAUCAUAUCCUUAAAGUGCACGGCAAUGGAACACCUUAUAAAUGUGGUAUUUGUCCGCGCGGUUUCUAUCGCAAAUCAGAUUAUCAUCGCCACAAAAGUGGCACACAUAAGCAAUACCUGCAAGAUGAGACAGUAGUCUAA